GCUUCGGUGACCUCAGGUGCAGCCCUGGAUCACGUGAGCUGUCCCGCAUUCGACGAGAGUUGACUGCGAGGCGAGUUGACGACAGCGGUUCUGCCUGGAGUAAUUCCAUAGCCUUCUCUCGGGUCCCACCGACAGGCAAACCACGGCACACCUCGACAGGCCCUGCUCCCACUUCACUUACCCAAUUAUCAUUUUCACCUAGCUUCGCUGAAGCAAAGCCGCCCAUCUUCAUAAACCCCGCCUCCACCGCGUCACUGCACCUGCCCAGCUACACACCACUGAACCAUCCACAUACCAACCGCCACCAUGAAGAUCACAUUCAAGGAUCUCAAGCAAAAUAAGUUCGUCAUCGAAGCCGAUCCUUCGGAGUCGAUUGGCGCACUCAAGGCCAAGAUCCACGGCGAUAAGGGCUGGGAGGUUCCUCAGCAAAAGCUGAUCUACUCUGGCAAGAUCCUUCAGGAUGCCAACACCAUCGAGUCGUACAACAUCGAAGAGAAGGGCUUCAUUGUCUGCAUGGUCUCCAAGCCAAAAGCGCCCGCUGCCUCCGCUAGCAAAGCUCCUUCCACCCCCUCGAAGCCAGUAGCUCCGGCGCAGACACCCGCAGCGCCCGCAGCUCCCGUCGCAUCCUCGGCUUCGUCCACCGCACAAAAUGUACCCGCCACACCUUCGCCUGCGCCUGCGCAGCAGUCCGAGCGCUUCAACGAUCCGUCAGCUCUGACUAUGGGUGGAGAGCGCGAUGCUGCUAUUAACAACAUGGAGAGCAUGGGGUUCGCGCGAGCUGAUAUCGAUCGCGCCAUGCGCGCCGCUUUCUUCAACCCCGACCGAGCGGUUGAAUACCUUUUGACAGGUAUUCCAGAGAGUGCUCUCCAGGAACAGGCACAGCAGCAGUCACAAGCUCAAGCACCGACCUCGCCACCCGCUGCUGGAGGAAACACAGGUGCUACACCCGCUGCUUCUGGGGGAGACGAGCCGAUAAAUCUGUUCGAGGCUGCUGCGCAAGCCGGUCAGGGUCGCGGUGGCGGAGGUGCUGCGCGCUCAGGCGGUGCCGCAGGCGCUGGUGCUGGUGCGCUGAACGCCAACAGCCUCGACUUCCUACGCAAUAACCCACAAUUCCAACAGCUGCGACAAGUCGUGCAACAGCAGCCUCAAAUGCUUGAGCCGAUCUUGCAGCAAGUUGGACAGGGUAACCCCCAGCUGGCGCAGAUGAUUGCGUCGAAUCCGGAGCAAUUCCUGCAGCUACUUGCAGAAGACGCUGAUGACGAUGCGCCUUUGCCUCCGGGUGCACAGUCUAUCUCUGUUACAGAGGAGGAGCGCGAGGCUAUCGAGCGCUUGUGUCGCCUUGGCUUCGAGCGCGACCUCGUGAUUCAGGCUUACUUUGCGUGUGACAAGAACGAGGAACUAGCCGCCAACUUCCUUUUCGAUCAGCCCGAGGAUCUGGACGAUCAGUAGAGGCUCUGAAGCCACCUGUGCGCUUAAUGUCCGACCACACUAUACCCGAUUUCGUCACAUUCGCACCCGAUGUUAUCGUUACAAUGUCACAAGCACCAUUUGCAAUAUUGGGCGGCAACUUCACGAUCCUAUACUAACCUCCUGGUCUGGCGCUUUGCAUACUCGAGCAUGGAGAGCGUACCUUUACGCUGGCGUCCGUGUUCGCGUGCGACACGGCCUCUACGAACAGGAAUAGGAUUCGUCUGCGAGAUGGCGCAAGUAGUCUGCUCGGCCUAGUGGUCUAGGAAGAUCGGAGAACACAUUAUGAUUGAAAGAGAAUAUUUGUGCUCAUGUUGUCACGCUAUGCUUGA